AUGGGUUCUUCUCUCCACCCAAUCCCUCUCCCUCCGGUGGCGACUUCUAUUGGCUAUUUCCCAUCUAUCUCCCCUGCAUCAUUCUUCAAGAAAAUCCAUCACACCCCGUCAACAAAUGUUCAUUGCAGAGUUGGGAGUAGCAAUCUGGGUGGUUUUCUUGAUCUGCAAACCGAAUCGAAACCCGAGUUCUUGGAUAUUGAUCUCUCAUGCCUUGACCAGGCUGAUCGGUGCCAAUUCGAUGUGAUUGUGAUUGGUGCUGGCCCGGCUGGUCUCCGACUUGCAGAGCUUGUAUCUAGCCAUGGAGUUCGAGCAUGCUGCAUUGAUCCUUCUCCUCGUGCUAUGUGGCUCAACAACUAUGGUGUUUGGGUUGAUGAAUUUGAGAGCUUAAGGCUUCAGGAUUGCUUGGACAAGACGUGGCCUAUGACCUGUGUUUUUAUCAAUGAUCACAAGACCAAGUACCUAGAUCGUGCCUACGGUCGGGUUGGUAGGAAAGAAUUGAAGACUAAAUUACUGCAAGGUUGCAUCGCCAAUGGAGUUAAGUUCCAUAAGGCCAAGGUUUGGGAAGUGAAGCAUCGGGAAUUUGUGUCUUUAGUUAAAUGUGAUGAUGGGAAGGAGCUGAAAGGAAGCUUAAUCGUAGAUGCUAGUGGCUUUGCAAGCACUUUUAUUGAGUACAACAAGCCAAGAAACCAUGGCUAUCAGAUCGCUCAUGGGAUUUUAGUUGAAGUAGAUAAUCACCCCUUUGAUUUGGAUAAAAUGGUUCUCAUGGACUGGAGAGAUUCUCAUUUGGGUAAUGAACCUUAUUUGCGCACUGAUAAUUCGAGAUUCCCAACCUUUCUAUAUGCAAUGCCAUUCAAUUCAAACUUAAUAUUCCUAGAAGAGACCUCUCUAGUUAGCCGGCCUGUGUUAUCUUAUAUGGAGGUGAAGGGAAGGAUGAUAGCGAGGCUGAGGCACCUUGGUAUUAAAGUGAAGAGGGUCUUAGAGGAUGAGAAGUGUCUGAUUCCCAUGGGAGGGCCUUUGCCUCAAAUUCCUCAGGAGGUGGUGGGAAUUGGUGGGACAGCUGGACUGGUUCAUCCCUCAACUGGAUACAUGGUGGCUCGAACCCUGGCUCUCGCGCCAGUCCUUGCGGAUGCCAUUGCAGAGUGCCUUGGUUCAACUCGGAUGAUUAGAGGGAAUCCACUUUAUCACAAAGUGUGGAGUGGCUUAUGGCCUAUAGAGAGGAAAUAUACUAGGGAAUUCUAUACUUUCGGAAUGGAAACUCUGUUGAAGCUUGAUUUGAAUGGGACAAGAAGGUUCUUUGAUGCUUUCUUUGAUUUGGAUCCUUACUACUGGCAAGGGUUUCUCUCCUCGAGAUUGUCCCUUGCAGAACUUGCUUUCCUGAGCUUAUCUCUGUUUGGACGUGCCUCAAACAUGUCCAGGUUUGAUAUUGUUACGAAAUGUCCUAUUCCAUUGGUUAAAAUGAUGGGUAAUCUAGCACUUGACUCCUUCUGACCUAUGGAAGGUCGCAACAACUUUCAUCAUGUUGUAGAUUCAACAAAAUGAGUCAUAUAUUAUACUUGGGAAAAAAUUACUGGUAUAUAAAUGUGUGUGUGUGUGUGUAUAUUGGAAUUUCUAUUUUGAGAAAGAAUACACUGCAUCUAACCAAACGGCAAGGGGAGCUUUUGGUAGAUGCAGCUGAUCAUUAACUGCAUUGGGCUAUCAACAGAGGAUGGUUUCAAAAAAAAAUAGAAAGCAACUCAUAACAAAAUUAUCCCAGCUCAUUUUUCAAAACUAUCAUUAAGCAUGAUUUGAAAUUGGACAGUUUUCAAUUUCCAUGAUGAACCCUCCAAAGAGAACUUUUAUUGCAUUCUUAAAACAGAAAUUACAAGAACUUGAGAGUGAAAUAGAGAAACAGAGAGCGAGCAUAAUUGGUAAUGACAUCUUAUCAACGAUCUCUAGCACAAGCACAUUACAGCAAGCUAUUGAUAGUCAAACUACUAAACUAGAAUGCAGAUUUGAGCCAUUAAUGGUGCAUCUAUCCUCGUGGAGGGAAUCCAUAGGCUGGGGGUGGACUUGUUGGGGGCAUGUAGACUGGUGGAGGGGAGGCAGGAGGCUGGUAAAUGGGUGGAGGUCUUGAAACAGGGGGUGGAGACUUUGGUGGCCGAUAGACUGGUGGAGGUUUGUGUGAUGGUGGAGGUAAGGAAGGAGGCUGGUACGUUGGUGGAGAUUUUGGUGGUAAAUAAGAUGGAGUGGGUGCUGGAGGUACUAUUGGAGGGCUAUAGGUGGGAGUUGGGGGAGGAACAUAACUUGGCGGAGAUGGUAUUGACACUGGUGGUGGUUGAUAACUUGGUGUUGGAUGGGGUUUCUGAACUGGUGGUGGGGUUGGGGGCUUAUAUACUGGAGGUAGGGUGACUGGAGGCCUAUAUGUUGGCGGAGUUGGGGGUUUAUGUAGUGGCGGUUGUUUAAUGGGAGGCCUAUAUGUUGGUGGAGUUGGGUGCUUAUGCACUGGUGGUGGUUUAAUAGGAGGCCUAUAUGUUGGUGGAGUUGGGGUGGUGGGAGGCUUGUAUGUUGGUGGAUUUGGGGGCUUAUAUACUGGAGGUGGGGUGCUGGGAGGCCUGUACGUUGGUGGAGUUGGGGGUUUGUAAACUGGUGGUGGUUUAAUGGGAGGCUUAUAUGUUGGUGGAGUUGGGGGUUUAUGCACUGGAGGUGGUUUGAUGGGAGGCCUAUAUGUCGGUGGAGUCGGGGGCUUAUAUACAGGGGGUGGGGUGAUGGGAGGCCUAUAUUUCGGUGGAGUUGGGGGUUUAUAAAUUGGUGGUUUAGUGGGAGGCGUAUAUGUUGGUGGAGUUGGGGGCUUAUGAACUGGUGGUGGUUUAGUGGAAGGAGGCUUAUAUGUAGGUGGACUUGGGGGCUUAUAAACUGGUGGUGGGGUGCUGGGAGGCCUGUACGUUGGUGGAGUUGGGGGUUUGUAAACUGGUGGUGGUUUAAUGGGAGGCUUAUAUGUUGGUGGAGUUGGGGGUUUAUGCACUGGAGGUGGUUUGAUGGGAGGCCUAUAUGUUGGUGGAGUCGGGGGCUUAUAUACAGUGGGUGGGGUGAUGGGAGGCCUAUAUUUUGGUGGAGUUGGGGGUUUAUAAAUUGGUGGUUUAGUGGGAGGCGUAUAUGUUGGUGGAGUGGAGGGCUUAUGAACUGGUGGUGGUUUAGUGGAAGGAGGCUUAUAUGUAGGUGGACUCGGGGGCUUAUAAACUGGUGGUGGUUUAGUGGAAGGAGGCUUAUAGGUCGGUGGAGUUGGGGGCUUAUGAACUGGUGGUGGUUUAGCGGAAGGAGGCUUAUAUGUAGGUGAACAUGGGGGCUUAUGAACUGGUGGUGGUUUAGUGGAAGGAGGCUUAUAUGAAGGUGGACUUGGGGGCUUAUAAACUGGUGGUGGUUUAGUGGUAGGAGGCUUAUAUGUCGGUGGAGAUGGGGGCUUGUUUAUGGGAGGCCUAUAUGUUGGUGGAGUUGGGGGCUUCUGCACUGGAGGCUUAUAUACUGGAGGUGGGGUGAUGGGAGGGCUGUAUUUUGGUGGACUUGGGGGUUUAUGCACUGGUGGUGGUUUAAUUGGAGGCCUAUAUGUUGGUGGAGUUGGGGGCUUUUGCACUGGCGGCCUAUGUGUUGGUGGAGCUGGGGGUUUGUGCACUGGUGGUUUAGUUGGAGGCUUGUAUGUUGGUGGAGUUGGGGGUUUAUACACUGGUGGAGGGGGCUUAUGUGUUGGUGGUCUAUAUGUUGGUGGGGAUGGUGGUUUUUGUACUGGAGGCUUGUAUGUAGGUGGAGUUGGACUUGGGGGUUUAUAUGUUGGCGGGGAUGGUGGUUUUUGUACCGGAGGCUUGUAUGUAGGUGGAGUUGGACUUGGGGGUUUAUAUGUUGGUGGGGAUGGUGGUUUUUGUACUGGAGGCUUGUAUGUAGGCGGAGUUGGACUUGGGGGUUUAUAUGUUGGUGGGGAAGGUGGUUUCUGUACUGGAGGCUUGUAUGUGGGUGGGGAUGGUGGUUUAUGUUCUGGAGGUUUAUAUGUGGGUGGGGUAGGGGGUUUGUACAGUGGCGGUGGGCUAAUGGGCGGCCUGUAUGUGGGCGGUGGGGGCAGGGGAGGGCUAUAAACUGGCGGAGAUGGUGACGGCAUGGGAGGUGGUUGAUAAUUCGGUGGCGUUGGAGGCCUCUCAACCGGUGGCUUUCCUAUCGGCGGAGGCUUAUAAAUGGGCACUGGUGGCGGCUUGUGGUGAUGGAACGGUGGGUGUGAGGGCGGUUUUUGCUUGGGUGGAGGUGUUGCAACAGGCGGUGCAGGCCCAUAGACCGGCUGCACAGGUGGCGGAGGAACUCCAUAAGCUGGCAGCGGACUGAAACCGAAGUGAUCGAUGCCGAUUCUGAUACGGUUUCCCAGACCUCCAUCCGCAGAGCCCGAAACCAACACAUUAGACAAAACUAGACAGAAGAAAACCAGCCAUGCCUUCCAGCAGCACCCUGCAGCCUUCAUACUGGUAAGCAUUGCAAAUUUUCUGUUUGCAUGCUAAGCUU